AUGAAUCUCGAUAAGGAUCUUUUUAUUAAAUUUCUUAAUAAAGUUAUUGAUGAUUCAAAUCAAACAUUAAGAUUUUAUGAUUUACUUCGAUGUCUCAAACAUGAAUUAAUAAAACAAAAUGGUCUUUCAUUAAUUAUUCGUUGUGCAACAGAUAUUAAAUUUAAACCACUUCAAGUACAACAACCUACUUUAGAAAUUCUUUUUGCUCUUACAUUUAAUAAAGAAGCUUAUCAACAACUGAAAACAUAUUCUAUUCAACUAAAACCAUUUUUGUCUUCAUCUCAUCAAGGAAUAUCACAAGUUAUUGAAAGAAUUUUAUGGAAAUUAGAAAAAGAAGAACAAACAUUUACAAAACCAAAAAUUCAUAAUAAAAAUUAUAAAUAUGAUAUCAUGUUAUCAUUUUCACAAUCAGAUAAAGAUUUAUGUCUUCGUACUCGUCUGCUCUUCUUUUUUUUAAAUAUAUAA